AUGUUUCCAAAGAUAAAAGUGUCAUUUAACAUUUUGUAUACACAUUAUUUAGCUGUUUCAUUCAAUCAACCAAAUUUAUCUUCAGUAGCAACUUGGGAUCGUAAUGGAAUAACAUUUGCCAACACAUCGAUUAUUGGUUGGUAUCCCAAGGAUAUUUUCAUUGAUACAAAAAAUUCAAUUUAUGUCAUUAGUGACGACAAGAAACAAAUUUUAAUAUGGCAUAACAACAGUAUUAAUCCAACACAAAAUAUUUCAGCCAACUUCCAAUUUCUUUCAUCUAUAUUCGUAACAUCGAAUGGUGAUAUUUAUAUUAGUGCAAGUCAUCCCACACAUCGUGUAAUGAGAUGGAUAUCGGAAACAAAUACUUUCGCCAUUGUUAUGAAUGUAGCAAGGACGUGUUUCGGCAUCUUUAUCGAUAUCAACGACAAUCUAUACUGUUCAAGCAGUAAUACACAUUCUGUGAUAAAAAAAAACUUGAACAGUCCUUCAACAGAUGAGAUAGUUGUUGCUGGAAUAAAUGUCAGGGGAUCUGCUUCGAAUCAGCUUGAUUCUCCCGCUGGAACCUUUGUUGAUGUUAACUUUGAUUUAUUUGUAGCAGAUCAUUGGAAUGAUCGAAUUCAAUUAUUUCCAUUUGGAGAAACAAAUGGCAUCACUGUUGCUGGUCGGCAAUCGGCACGUCGAACUAUUAAACUCAAUGGGCCUACUGAAAUUACAUUGGAUGCCGCGAAAUAUUUAUUUAUUGUAGAUCACAAGGGACGACGAAUUGUUGGAGAAGGACCAUAUGGUUUUCGAUGUUUAAUUGGAUGUUAUAGAUAUGAUUCUCGAUCGAAUGAACUAUUUCUGAAGUCAAUGAGUUUUGAUAGUUAUGGAAAUAUAUUUGUUGUUGAUACCAAAAAUCAUCGCAUUAUGAAAUUUCAACUGAUGAACAUCUCUUCUGCUGUUUCCUAUAAUCAACCAAAAUUUUGUAACACAGCAAUUUGGGAUCGUGAUGGAACAACGUUUGCCAACGAAUCUACUUUUGGUGGGACUCUCAUGAAUGUUUUCAUUCAUAGAAAUAAUUCAAUUUAUGUCGUUAGCAUCGGCAAGGACCAAAUUUUAGUAUGGCAUAACAAUAGUGUCAAUCCAACACAAACUAUUUCAACCAACUUCUCAUCAUCUGUUCCCGCUCUAUUCGUAACAUCGAAUCGUGAUAUUUAUAUUAUUGCAGUAUAUCCCUCAUAUGAUAUAAUGAGAUGGAUAUCGGAAACAAAUACUUUUACCAUUGUAAAGAAUGCACCAAGGGGGUGUAGCGACAUCUUUAUCGAUAUCAACGACAAUCUGUACUGUUCAAAGAGUGGUACACAUUCUGUGAUAAAAAAAAACUUGAACAGUCCUUCAACAGAUGAGAUAGUUGUUGCUGGAAUAAAUGUCAGGGGAUCUGCUUCGAAUCAGCUUGAUUCUCCCGCUGGAAUCUUUGUUGAUGUUAACUUUGAUUUAUUUGUAGCAGAUUAUAAGAAUGAUCGAAUUCAAUUAUUUCCAUUUGGACAAUCAAAUGGCAUCACAGNAAGAGUGCUUGAUUCUCCCGCUGGAAUCUUUGUUGAUGUUAACUUUGAUUUAUUUGUAGCAGAUUAUAAGAAUGAUCGAAUUCAAUUAUUUCCAUUUGGACAAUCAAAUGGCAUCACAGUCGCUGGUUGGCGAUCGGUAUAUUCAACCAUUGAACUCAAUGGGCCUUCUGGAAUCACAUUGGAUGCCGCGAAAUAUUUAUUUAUUGUAGAUUCAUUUAAUAAGCGAAUUGUUGGAGAAGGACCAUAUGGUUUUCGAUGUAUAAUUGAAUGUUAUGGAUGUGGUUUCCCAUUUUCAAUGAGUUUUGAUAGUUUUGGAAAUAUAUUUGUUGUUGGUAUUCAAAAUAGUCGCAUUAUUAAAUAUCAAGUAGAAAAUUUUUGUGGUUUUCCAUUAAAUAUACCAAAAUUUUGUUUAAAAUCUGUUUGGAAUCGAAAUGGAAUUACUUUUACUGGUCAAUCAAAAAUUGGUUUAAAUACUACAAGUAUUUUUAUAAAUGAAAAAAAUUUAAUUUAUUCUCUCAAUCGAGAGCAAAAACAAAUCUUAAUUUGGAAUGAAUCUAAUAUUCAACCACCUAUAAUUAUUCCUUCUUAUUUCUCUGAUUCAAAUUCUCUAUUUGUUGCUUUAAAUGGUGAUAUUUACAUUGAUAAUGGAAUAAAUGGUGAAAUAAAGAAAUGGAUCUUGAAUACCGAAAUAUUUACCGAUGAAAUGAAUGUUUAUUCAUCUUGUUUUGGUUUAUUUAUCGAUAGAGAGGAUCAUCUAUAUUGUUCAAUGCCUAAGCAUCAUCGAGUCAUUAAACGAAAUUUGAAUGGACUUAUUCAAGCAUCGAUUUUCGUAGCUGGCACAGGUAAGCAAGGAUCAACUCCAGAUAAGUUAAAUAAUCCACGUGGAAUUUAUGUUGAUACGGAGCUCAAUACAUUUGUAGCAGAUUGUAGAAAUAAUCGAAUACAAAGAUUUACAUGGAAAGAAGCGUUGGGUAAAACAGAAGUAGGAGAUGCAUCAUCAGCACAACAUCAAUAUCCACUUUCAUGUCCAACCGGUAUUACAUUUGAUUCUCAACAAUUUUUAUUCAUUGUUGAUUCAUAUAAUCAUCGUAUUCUUCGUUCAGGACUAAAUGGUGUUCAUUGUGUUAUUGGAUGUGAUGGAAUUAGUAUAAAAUUUAAUCAAUUAUCAUUUCCAUCUAAUCUUGCUUUUGAUAGUUUUGGAAAUAUGUUUGUUGUUGAUUCUGGAAAUAAUCGAAUACAAAAAUUUCAUUAUUUGAAAAAUUCUUGUGAUAUGUCAUCUGUUAUUAAACGGACAUUUUUAUCACCAUUGACGAAAGAUAGUCAAUUAUAUUCUCAAAAAUGUGAUUGGGAAAGUUUUUAUUAUCAGUCAUUUGAAAUAAAAGUACAAGAAAGUCGUUAUUAUUCAAUAUGGAGUCAUGCUGAGAUCGAUACAUAUGGUUAUAUUUACGAAAAGAAUUUUGAUUCACUUAAUCCAAAUGAUAAUCUACUUUUUAAAGAUGAUGAUGAUGAUGACGGUGACGAUGACGAUGACGAUGAUGAUAAUGAACAAUUUAAAUUUGAACUUCCUCUUUAUAAUGAUACAACGUAUAUAUUGGUUGUCACGACAUUUUAUCCAAUGAAAAUUGGAAACAUUACAAUUUAUAUAUCAGGAUUGAUGAAUAUGAAUAUCAACCGUUUGAGCACACCAAUAAAUAUUCAAUCUAGUUAUCCAUCUCAAUUCACAAUAAAUAGUCGAAAAUACUGUCGUGAUUAUAAAAAACCAAGUUAUUAUUAUGAAACAUUAGAAAUUAAUGUUAAAAAAACAGGUUCAUAUGUUCUUUGGAGUAAAAGUGAAAUCGAUACAUAUGGUUAUCUUUAUAAAGAUGAAUUUAAUCCAUUACAACCAUUUGGUAAUUUAAUAGCCCAUCAUAGUGGGCAUUGUAAUCAAGGACAAUUGAAAUUCGAUAGAACUUUUGAUGAAAAUACAAAAUAUAUCUUAGUUGUAACAACAUAUUAUCCAAAUGCUACAGGAAAUUUUACUAUAUUCAUAUCUGGUGAAAAUAAUGUUACUAUGAAUUAUUUCCAUUCAAAACAACGAAGUUGUUCAAUUGGAGAUCGGUGUCAUUUUUAUUCAACAACAAUUGGUUUACCUUUAGAUGAUAUUUUACGUGGUGAAAUUCGAUCAGAUGUAACAUUAUCUGUUCAGUCAAUUUCAAUAAAAAUAAGUUCUGCUGUUACAAUCAUUAUGUUUAUUGUUGGAUUCGUAAAUAGUUUGUUUUCUUUUUUAACAUUUAAAAGCGCAGAAGAACGGCAAACUGGAUGUGGAUUAUAUUUAUUUACAUUAUCAAUUACUUCUUUUAUGACAUGCUGUAUGUUUUUAGUUAAUUUCUGGUUUGUUUUACUUACGGAAAUUCAUGUCUUGACUGGCCCUUCAGUACUUCGUGGAGGUUGUUUAGUUAUCGAACCUCUUCUUAAACUUUUUCUCUAUUGUGAUACUUGGUUAAAUGCUUGUGUUGCGAUUGAACGAUCAGGACGAGUUUACAGUGGAGUUCGUUUUGAUGAAAAGAAGAGUAAACGUAUUGCUCAAUGUAUUAUCUUUAUUUUACCAUUGUGUAUUAUGGCUAGUCUUAUUCAUGAACCUUUACAUCGCAAUAUGUUUGAAUACACAACUGAAAUUAACAAAGCUUAUGUUAAUAAAAGUAAUAGUCCCUUAUUAAAUGUGAAAAAUAAGACAAUGAUCAAUACAAUUUAUCAAAAUACAACUGAAGGACAUGUCUGGUGUGUAAUUCAUUAUUCGUCUUCUGUUCAAAAUUAUAAUACUGGAAUAUUAUAUUUUCAUCUUAUAAUUCCAUUUCUUGCUAAUUUAUUUUCAGCUUUAUUUAUUAUUUUUAAAACUGCGCGUCAACGAUCAUCAGCACAAACUCAUCAAUCUUUUCGAGAACAUCUUCGUCAACAAUUGCAUAAACAUCAACAUUUGAUUAUUAGUCCAAUUGUCUUACUUAUUUUAACAAUACCACGUUUAAUUAUUUCAUCAUUACCUGGUUGUAUACGAACAUCAAAGAAUAUUUGGUUAUAUCUUAUUGCUUAUUUCUUUUCAUUUACACCAUCGAUAUUCGUCUUUAUUAUUUUUGUCGUACCGUCGAGUUUAUAUAUGAAAAGAUUUAAAGGAUCUUUUAAUAUUUGUCGAUGUCGAACUGAUAAAAAAGCAAAAGGUAAUUAA